UGAAUUGAGAUGGAAUUUGACAAUUUGUCAUAUGAUGAUAACACAAGUUAAUGUAAAAGUGAAUAUUUGUAAACUUUAUUAUGUAAGUUAAAACGAAAAUGGGUGCAAAAGACUCUAAACCUAGUUGCAUUAGCUAUGAGGAUGCUGUGAGAAGAAUAACUGAUGCAGAGCAUCACAGGAUUCGAGAUGCAUUUAAGCGCUGUACGUACAAUUCAUCCGGUUUAAAUACAAAUGCAGCAGGUCCAACAUAUUUGAGUCGACAAGCUUUCAUCCAAUAUGUACUUGGUGAGGGCUGCCCGCAAGCAGUUGCAGAAGUUUUAUUCUCAGCUUGUGGAGGAGGUUCGAGAGGUAUUGCAUUUAAGGAAUUGCUUUGUGGACUAGUAUUAUUAACAAAAGGAACACUUGAAGAGAGAAUAAGAUUUUUAUGGUCAUUAUAUUGCAAUGAAGCAGGAACAUACAUUUUAAAGCAAGAUUUUUUGAAAAGUAUUCAAGCUGAAUUUUCACAUCAGCACAUAACACCAUUCCUUGAUUCAUUUUCAUUGUUUGAAUUUAAUCAAUUGUUCAAUAACGGAAAUGAUCGUGCAACACAAGAGCAGUUCAGAAAUUGGAUUGAUAUUCAUCGAAAUGCUACUGUUCUUUCAAAGUGGCUUCUUAUAGAAUGUUGCGUCAGUCUGAGUUCUGAAGUAGAAACUCCAACAUUCUAUCAAAGUUUAGCUGGUGUUACGCAUUUAGAAGAACAGGAUAUAUGUGAACUAGAGAAAGCUUUCUGGGGUUUAAAAAAUUCUUCCUCUUCGGGACAACUAGACCUUGAGGUUUUGCUGCCACUAAUUAAUCUUCCCAUUUUAAAAAAGGCUGUACCUGGCUUAGUUUUGGCAUUUGAUGAAAAUCGAGAUGGUCAUAUUGAUUUUAAAGAAUUGUGUUGUGGAGUAAGUGCAGCUUGUAGAGGUCCAAGUGUGGAAAGAACAAAAUUUUGCUUUAAGAUAUUUGACACUGACAGAGAUGGCUUUCUGAGUGAAGUAGAAUUAAGGGACAUGCUUGAAGUUUUAGUUGAUGUAGCAAACAAUAGCCGUUCUGAUCAAAUGGAUUCAAAGAAAAGUGUUUGCGUCGCAUUUGAGGAAAUUAAAGCCAGUGUUAAAAGCUAUAAAAGUACAAUGUCUAACUAUUGUGAUACUAUGAAUCAAAUAAAUAACGAACAAAGCAAUGAUACAAUGAGCAAUAAUGAUAAUGAGUGCAAUAAUAUAAAAGAAACUUUUUUCUUAUCUCAGGAGCAUUUUUUAAUGUGGUCUGUUGAAACCACUUCUAAUCUUGUACAGCCAUUUUUACAUUUGCUGUUUGAGGUAUGCCACAUAGUCCUAGGAUUAAGACCUCAAUGCUGCCACCAGGAACAUGAGAUAGUAUCUGGCUGGUUGCAAAGGGAAGUAAGUCGUGGUUACGAAGUCGGACAAUUUUGGUAUUUAAUAUCAUCAGAGUGGUGGUCACAUUGGACAUCCUACACUGGUGGCCAGUGUCAUUGUCGGAGUUCAGGAUCACGUAUAAUUUAUCCAUUAUCUGUAGACGAAGCUGUAAUUUGUGAUGAAAGUUUUACCUCAAAUUCUACAGAAUCAAUGGGUGAUAUAUGUACAGAUAAUACCAGUUUAGCAAGUGGUAGUAGUGGCAUAUCAAGCAGCACUUGUGGAACAAUAAAUGGGUCUUCAACUUCAAGUACAAAUACUCGUAAGAAACGUGGACCUCCAGGUCCAAUCGAUAAUUCUAGUUUGAUUGCUCCAGUAUUACACAAGGUUCAAACACUCACUGGUGAAGGAGGCAGAUUGAAAAGAGAUACAACCUUAUCUCAGCAUAGAGAUUUUGAGCUUGUUCCUGAUUCACUUUGGAAGGCUUUGGCAUUAUGGCAUCGUGGGCCAAUGCCUUUACCUAGACAAGUUAUUCAACCACUAGACUCAUCUCAUGUAGAAUUGGAACUCUAUCCAUUAAAUUUACGCAUUUUGCGCCAUCAAUGUCAACAAGGAUUUGCAGUUCCAUCUGUUCAGUCCUGGGGUGGACUUAUUGGUGGUUAUGGGGCACUUAGUGGAGGCUAUGUUAAUGCUCAAAACGCUAUGAAUAGUUCUAACUUGGUACCUCAGCCCCCGAAGCGUUAUUUAGCUUAUACUGCAGCAUUUAGUAGACUUGCCACAAUCAAACAGGUCUGCGAGUUCCUUUGUAAGAGACUGCAAUUGCGAGUUGAUUGUGUGCGGUUAUGGCAUAUUCUUGGAAACACCGGAGGUGUAGAGGUUCCAUGUUUAUUGGAAGAUGAACAGCUAACAUUAGAAGCUUUACAGAUUUGUGAUGAUGAUCAAAUAUUGAUUGAAAUUCGUAAUAAAGAUUUAACAUGGCCAGAAGAAUUGGGUGCUCUGGCCAUGGCUCAACGUUCUUCCUCUGCAAGUGGUAAUAAUCAAGGUUCACGAUCCGGUUAUCAUGCAAUGGGCAAAGUAGAACAUCCGCCUGGUGCUACUGGUCUGCACAAUUUGGGAAAUACUUGCUUCAUGAACGCCGCUUUGCAAGCGAUAUUUAACACCAAACCUCUUACUCAAUACUUCCGCCGAGAUUUACACUUAUAUGAAUUGAAUUCCGUGAAUCCUUUGGGAACGCGUGGACGUAUAGCUUGUCGUUAUGGCGAAUUAUGUAAGGAAGUUUGGCGUUCAGAUUCUGGACGCACCAGAUCUAUUGCUCCACUUAGGCUGCGCUGGACGGUCACUAAGCAUGCGCCAAGAUUUGCAGGUGGAGGGCAACACGAUUCUCAGGAAUUAUUAGAAUGGCUGCUAGAUGCGCUUCAUGAAGACUUAAAUCGCGUUACUGAUAAACCGUAUAGAGAGUUGAAAGAUUCUGAUGGACGAGCUGACUGUGAGGUAGCUGCUGAAGCUUGGUCUCAUCAUCUGGAACGAAACCGAAGCAUUAUAGUAGAUUUAUUUUAUGGUCAACUUAAAUCUAAGGUGAUGUGUCAAUGCUGCGGUCAUGAAUCUGUAAGAUUUGAUCCAUUUUCUUUGCUAAGUUUACCUCUUCCUUUAGAAAGCUUUGUGCAUUGUCAAGUAUUAGUAAUUUUAUUGAAUGGAAGUGUUCCUAUUAAAUAUGGCCUGCGGUUGAAUUCUGAGUCUAAGUACACAGAUUUGAAAGAAAACCUUUCAAAACUCUGUGGCAUCAAACCAUCGUGUCUUUUGAUAACAGAAUUAGCAGAUUCACAAAUUAAACAUGUGAUGGUUGAUGAUGCUAAAAUAAAACAGAAUUCAGCCUUAGAGUUGGUGGCAUAUGAGUUACCAGAAUCAGAUGAUGAUCAGUUUACGGAAACAAGGAAACAGUAUCAAACAUUUGCUGAUAUACAACGAGAUGCAGAUAUAUCAUCUGUCCAAAGUGAUACAAAAUCGUCAUCUAUAUCAUCAUCAGCAACUAUGAUUGAUCCUUCAGACACGAAUUCAUGUGGUUUAGAUGCUAAAAGGGUAUCCAAGGUAAGCUGCAGUACUGCUCUCUGCAUGCCGACCACCUUAUUUUGUUUUAAGCAAAGCUAUGAUUUUAAAAAAAUGAGUGAGAAUUCUUUAUUAAAUACAAUGCAUGCUUCUGAGCUAGAUACUAAUGGCACUAUAAACACUCUCGGUAAUUGUCAUACUGAGGAUUUGAAGAGUGUGCAUUCUAAUUGUUUGAAAAGUGAAGAGAAACGAGAAUAUAAAAGGCCUUCAUAUAUUGUCGCCCUGCACAGAAAAGGUAUUCGUCAAGAUACAUAUUUCUUAUCUCAUCAAAAGUCAAGAACAAGCCUUUUUGGAGUGCCUUUAUUGAUUCCAUUUUCAAUGAGCCUUACUAACAAAGAGUUGUAUUGUGCAGUUUGGGCCCAAGUUUCAAGAUUAUUGAGCCCUCUACCUCCCACUCCUCCUGAUCAAGCUAAUCAUGCCAUGGACUGUGACGACAGUCUUGGCUAUGAGUAUCCAUUUAUUCUCAGUGUUGUGGCGCCUGGUGGUAGAGUAUGUGCUAUCUGCCCCUGGUAUAGAUUUUGUCGAGGUUGCGAAAUUCGAUGCACUGAUGAACCAUUAUUACAUGGCCUUCUUCAAAGCUUUAAUUCCCAAAAUGGGGUUAAUGAUUAUUUAGAAUUGCAUAAUGAUUUUUCUUCUGUUAAAGAUAAACUUAAAAACAGUGAUGAAAUUCCCAGUUUAAAACAAACAAAUUCUUUGAAUUGCAAUGGAUCAACAGCAAAUUUGGUCGAAAAUAGUGAUUGCAAAGGAGAUGCAAAGUUUUUAAAUGAAGAUGACAUGCUACAUAUUUCUAUCGACUGGGAUCCUACUGCUUUGCAUUUAAGAUAUCAAACUACAAGGGAGAAGGUGUGGAAGGAUCAUGAAAGUGUAGCAAUUUGUCAAAGAAAGCAAAUUGAACCAAUUGAUUUGGAUCAUUGCUUAAAAGCUUUCACAUCGGAAGAGAAACUUGAAGAAAAAUAUCACUGUUCAAAAUGUCAAUGCUUGCAACCAGCAACUAAAAAAUUACAAAUCUGGAGAUUACCACCUGUUCUAAUUAUUCAUUUGAAACGAUUUAAUUACUUGAACAACAAAUGGGUAAAAUCACAAAAAGUUGUUAGUUUUCCUGUAAGCGAUUUUGAUCCAACAGCUUAUCUAGCUUCAGUACCCCAAGAAACUAUUCUUAGACAAAAAGAGUUGAAAGAGAAAUAUGAUAUUAUCGAAGAAGAUAAUCAAGAUUAUAUUGCAAUGAAUGAUGUUUCUGAAAAUAUUGAUGAAGUUUCAACUAAUAAUGAUAACAAUAACAGUUCGAAAUCUGCUGCAAUUGCCAAUGCUGACAUUAAGAAAGAUAGAAGGCCUGGGAGAAAAUCAAUUAGUAUGAAGACAAGAGAACGUUUAGUCUCAAGUAGUUUAACAAAAACUCCUGUGGUGGAUGGUGAUUUUGUGGAUUUUCAUCAGCACCAUUUGCAGCCUGAUGUAGAUGAAUUUGAUCUCAAAUAUCAGUUAUAUGCAGUUGUGAGUCACUCUGGAAUGCUGAAUGGUGGUCAUUAUGUUUCGUAUGCAUCAAAUCCAAAUGGAACUUGGUACUGCUAUAAUGAUAGUUCUUGCAGAGAAGUACCAAAGGAUUCAAAUGGAAGCAUACCUGCCCUUGAUACGGGCUCAGCUUAUAUGUUAUUUUAUGAAAGAAAAGGCUUGAAUUAUACGCCAUAUUUUCCUGAGAUAAAUAAUUGCACACUAUCUAAAGACAUUGAUGCAGAUCUUGAUGAAGCGGAUCUUGAAUUAAAAAAAGUAUGUGCACUGUCAUAACCAGCAUACAAUUUAAGUAGUAUUGAAUUAUUGUGAUAUAUUUAUGAAUUACCCGAACUAUUGUUUUCAUGCAAAGUUAUAAACUUGUUUAUAUAUACUCCAACCAUAAGUAUGCAAAGAUAUACUUGCUUGUUCCUUUGCAGUUAAAUAAUUAUGUUACUCGCUAUUAUUUAAUUUUUAUUAUUAUCAUAG